AUGGAUCUCUCAGCCGUCCACGCCGCGCUCUCCGCCAAGUCCUACUCCGCCAUCGCCGGCCUCUGCGACGACCUCCUCCUCCAGGUACANNNCUUCUACUGUGACAAUGAUGUGUGUUCUGGGUGCGUGAGCAGGAACAGCGCGAGGUUUUUGUGGAAAACGGUGCCGCAGGAGGUGAAGGACGCUCAUCCGGAGCUGGGCGCCAUCUGGAAGAUUGGCCAGUGCCUCUGGAACCGUGACUACGCUGGUAUCUAUACUUCCGCACAGGGGUUCGAGUGGGGGCCUGAAAUCGCGGAUUUUGUGUCCGCCUUCCUAGAAAGCUACAGAAAGAGGAUAUUUGAGCUGUUGACUUCUGCAUAUACCACAAUCAGCAUUGCAGAUGUGGCUCACUUCAUGGGGAUGAGCGAGGAGGAUGCUACUAACUAUGCCGUGCAAAACGGUUGGAGUCUGGAUGUGGCAACCAAGAUGCUUACUGUCAGAAAACAGAAGCCCCAGACGAACCAGAAGCUUGAUCCGAACAAACUACAGCGUUUGACUGAAUGUGUUUUCCACCUGGAGCACUGA